AUGUAUGCAAUUAUCGCUGUUCUACUUUAUUUCCAUGUUCUGGGAGUAAAGGGUGAUUUUCAUGAAACAAACGAUACCGGUCAUUACGAAUACAUACAAAUAUUCAGAAGCAUUCCAGUUCUCUUUGAAUAUUUACUAAAUGUAAUAGAAGAAAGGCCACAAAUAUUGGAGAAUAACGACGUCACAAUGUUCAAGAGAAACCUUGAUGGUGAGCAUGAAGAAGAUAUUGAAUCUUAUGAUGAAAGAGAUAGAGACAAACGUGAAAAUAAUGUAGAAGAAGAAAAAAAUGUUAACAAAAGAGAAGCCGAUGAUUCUAAAGCAGUAAGAACUACUGCAGCUUAUGAAUAUGGUAACAGUAAUGUUGUCAUGAAAGGUUUGGAUGAAAAUGAAGGAAGUAAAGUAAUCGCCAAAAGAUUUUUUGAUAAUAAUAAUUUCGAUGAUCAUGCUGUAGAUGGUCUUCUUAAAAGAAAAGUUGUAUUUCAACUAGAUGACGAUACAAGAGAUAUGUUCCAUAAAUAUGGUAAAGUUUUUCUUGGAUUUGAACACAUGUUUGGGUUAGAUUUGAAACCAGAGGACAUUGAAGAUUGUAUAAUUGCAACUGACAAUCUUUUGGAAGAAUACAAUAGUAAGAAAGGAGAUAAUUAA